AUGGCUAGUAUUGUCAUUGUCGGCGGCGUUGCCCUUGCUCACCACGCAUACAAGAGCUACAAGUCGCACGAGAGCAAGAAAAUGGACAUUCUCGAGGCAGCCAAUAAGGAAAUGGGAUAUAGUAGUGACGGUCCCGUUGGGUCCAGGGACGGCGAGCAUCGUCUUCCUAGCUACGAAGAGGCACUGCCGACGAAGAAGGGUCGUAAGAGCCAGCGACUUCGCUCCAUGUGGCCUCUGUUCCAUAUGAAAGAAGUGCAACAGUCAUGA